AUGUUCGUUUCUCUCAAUCAUCGCCUUCUCUACGGUCUACUAGUGCCUAGUAGUUGUAUUAUUCUUGGUAGUAUUAUUUGGUAUUAUAAUCGUCAAAAAAAUAAACAAGUUCGUUUAAAUCGUUCAGAAUACCUUGUACUCGAAGUUCAAGUACCUCAUUAUUGUGUAGGAAGUAUAAUUGGCAAAGGUGGUGAAGCGAUUAAACGUUUUCAACAACAAUUUUCUAUACGUUGUACAUUUGCAAAAGAUGAUGAUAAAUGUUUGACAGAAAAUUAUCGAAUAUUAGUUAUUCGAGGUCAACGUCAACAAGUAUAUGAAGCUGAAGUUGAAAUACGUCGUGUAAUUGCUGAUUUACCUCAAUAUGAACAAAUUGAAAUGUUUAUACCAGAAAAUAUGUGUGGAUAUUUAAUUGGAAGAAAUGGUUCACAUAUAAAAGAUAUUCGAGAUAGUUCAAAAGCUCGUCUUAAUAUGGAUAGAAAAAUAAUUGAUAAUUUAGAAAAUAAAACAUUUACUCGUUUAAUUAUAUCGGGUACUAGUGAACAAAUUGCAGCAGCAAAAACUUUAGUUGAAGAACGUUUAUAUCAAUUAGAACAAAAAAAACAAGGCGGCGAUAAUGGAUUUGCUAUUAAAACGAAUUUUAUUCAAGAUGAUAAUGAAAUUAUUGAUGAUGAUGACGAUUAA